UGCUGGAAAGGAGUGGUGAAGGCGGAGACACAGAGAGAGGGAGAGAUAUGAGGUCAUCGUUGUUAACUAUACUUCUUUUGAUUAAUCUCCUGAACCAUGUAUUAGCUGAUCAGAUCUUGGCAGCUCAUGCAGCAGGUGGGACAUUUGGUCGCAGCUCUCAUGAGCCAAAAUACAAGAUAGAAUUCCAUUCUGAUGAGUCACCUUUCCACCCUGAUGAAGAUCAGGAAUCAUUGAUGAUGUCCAAUAAAGAGGGACAGAAAUAUUUGUGUUUCUUGCCAAAGGUUGAGAAACCCAAAAUUGGGAAGCCAGUCACUCAACAAAACACUAGCAAUGUGAUUGUGGAAACAGAGAGACGGUUGAAGUUGAAGACUCCAGAUGAGCUACUUGAAGUGCUAAAGGGUGAAUGCCUCGUUAGGCAUGAGGGUUGGUGGUCUUAUGAAUUUUGUUAUCAAAAAAAGUUGCGGCAAUUUCAUUUGGAGGAUGAGAAGGCUGUUCAGGAAUUUAUUCUAGGUGUCUAUGAUGCUGAAUCUACUGCUGCUUUCAACCAUAACCUCACUGAUGUAUCUACAUUGAAAGAUCCUCGCUCAAAAGAUGCAUCUCAAAGGUAUCAUGCACAUCAGUAUACAAACGGAACUAUCUGUGAUCUCACAAAUGACCCUCGAGAAACCGAGGUGAGAUUUGUCUGCUCUGAGUCCAGAGUUAUGAUUAGUUCAAUCACAGAACUAUCCACUUGCAAGUAUGCACUCACAAUUCAAUGGCCAAUGCUUUGCAAGCACCCCAUGUUUCAAGAGGAAAGACCAGUGUGGCACACCAUCAAUUGUAACAAGCUUCCCAAGGACUACAGGGACGUAGAUGUGGAUGACAGCUUCAGAGAUAAAGACAUAGCCAUGAUCACAGAUAUUGAAGUGCUAUCUCAUUAUGAUUCAGAACAGUAUGCUACAUGAAAAUUUAUAUGCCUAGAACACAUUAUGGGGAAGGGGAAUUUUUUAGCUUUUUUGGUAGCCAGCAGAGUGUUUAAGUACUCUGGUAUGGCUUCACUUCAAUUUUAAUUCCAACCCCCUAUAUUAUGGAUCCUCAAAUCAAUAUUUGUAAGAGUUUCAUCUUC